AUGGGUCUCCUCUCCAAUCCCCUCCGCACACGUCGAGGACGGCCCUCCAGGCUGCCCUUCUACGAAAAGGUCCAGAAGGAGCGACUGUCCGACGACGAAGAAGCCUACUACGCAUCAUCCGACGACUCUGAUGUCUACUCCGACGAGUCGCUCCCCAGCACCGGGAGCUCGAGGCAAUCGGCCUCGUCCCACACAAGCGAUGCCCUGAUGCUGCCGAGGAAGACCGUCGGCCCCCAGCGGCCGGGCCGCCUACAAUUCUACAGGCUGCCCAACAAGAUCGUGCGCUACAUGUGCCUGGGUCUGGUUCUGUUCAUCGGCAUCAUGAUCAUGAGUCUGGUGCGCGCCAGCCAGAACGAGAACCAGAGGACCUUGACCCCCGUCUCCAAGAACAAGCCCCAGUAUCCGGGCUCGCUGGACGAGCUGCCCCUGGACGCCCUCGACGUCAACGUCACCGACACUCAGACCUCAGAGGACGGCAUUGACGAUGCCGCUUCCAAGCGUGGACUGCCUGAGAGCAAGCUCUUUGUCAACCACCCCGGCUCCAUCUUCACGACCAACCCCGAGCACGUCCACGAGUGCUUCCUCGACACCGACAGCAAGGUCCGCGUCCCCGCGCUUCGCUACUACGAGGGCCGCCCCCAGGGCUUCCCGGACAAUGUCCUGGGUUCUUACGAGCUUCUUGGCUUGCCCGAUGACAUCUGCUACGAGCGGUACGGAAGAUACGGGCCCUACGGCUUUGGUUACUCUCUCCGCGCUGGCGGUCUCGGUGUCGGCGAGCACGGCGAGCUCGAAGGUUCCUCGUCUGUCUGGGAGGACUCCAAGGUCGAUUACACCAAGGUGAACUGGGCUGAUGCGCAGCGACGGUGCUACCAGAGCAACGAGGCUCGGUACAAGUCACUGCCCGCGCGCACACCCUCGUCCCACGGCUUCUACAUUGGUGAUGGUUUGACCUCCAGCUCUCUGGCCGCUCGAGACGCCGAAGCUGCCGCCCCAUCUGAUACCAAGUCGAACGCUACCACGACAGCUCCUGCCAAGACAAAUGCGGCCACAGACAAGGUCGACCACGCGGCCGAGCCCGACAAGAGGUCGCGCACGGCCAUCCUUUCCCUCGCUUCUGGCGGCCGCUACGAUAUUCACCUGCUUGUCCAAGUCAAGAACGACGGCGCUCACCCGAUCUGGGCUGAUCACGAAGCCUACGAACAGCGCAUCAAGGACAGCAUCCCUGAGGAGUUCAGGGACUUGGUGACCCUCUGGACCGAGACGCAGAUGCUCUCCAUCUACCAGGGCAUGCAUGACCUGUUCAGCAGGGGCCCGGACCUGCCCGUCCACGGUGUGUACCGUGGCCUGACCAUGGCCCUGCAGUAUUUUGCCUACAACCACCCCGAGUACGAUUACUACUGGUCGUGGGAGAUGGACAUUCGCUACACCGGUCACCACUAUGACCUGCUGUCCAAGGUGGAGAACUGGGCGCGUGAGCAGCCUCGCAAGGGUCUCUGGGAGCGCAACUCUCGUUUCUACAUCCCGAGCAUCCAUGGCUCGUGGGAAGAUUUCCGCCAGAUGUCGCGCACGGCCCACAAGAAGCACUUUGCGUUCCCCGAAAUGUGGCCUGCGACGGCCGCCUUCCACCACGGCUACAAGGCCGUCUUCGCCCCGCACCCGCAGUUCGUCGACCGCGAGUGGCCCAUUGAGUACUUUGGCGCCGUCCUCAACGCCGGCAAGAACGGCGCCAGCGGCGGCAGCCGCAUGUCCGUCUUUGGUCAACGCGAGCACAACAUGCGCGGCCUCACGUGGUUCUACAACUCGGGCUUCGGCCCUAACCUCUACCGCCGCUGGCUCGGCCUCAAGGUCAACAAUGACGGCGGCGAGGAGUUCGAGCUCGUCGAGGACGCCACCAAGGACGGCAAGACGGUCGGCCACCUGCGCGGCGGCGAGGGACGCAUGUGCCUCCCGCCCAUGCUCAUCCACCCCGUCAAGGACGUCGAGCUCCCGGUCGAGGGCAAGAAGGACCCCGAGGAGGAGAAGAAGCAGGCCGCCGAGAAGGAGGCCGAGGACAAGCUCAAGCAGAAGGAGGAGGAGGAGCAGGAGGGCGGAAACGCCGGCAAGGAGGUUCCGCAGUCUGGGCCGGGAUCUUGA